AUGGAGGCUGUAACAAAUGGAUCUGGUGGAGUAUCGUCCUCUGACUGUGUUGUCUCUGGAGAUACUCUUUACCAAGUGCUUCGAGCAAGCUACAUUGGUAUCGACUUCAUAUUGACUUUAUUUGGAAACAUACUGACAAUCAUCGUCACGAGAAAAGUUGAGGAGUUCUCGGACAGCACUAAAAUAUUCAUCACAUCUUUGGCAGUGGCUGAUUUGGGCGUUACGGUCGUCGCUGCCACAUCCUUUACUGCUGAAGUAUAUGGAAGAUGGCCAUUCCCUGAAUGGAUAUGCAAAGUUUCCUUUUUAAGUUUUUACAUAUUCACAGCAGUGUCUGUGAUUAUGAUUGUUAUUAUGACUGUGGAUCGUUUAGUUGCCGUGGUGAAGCCACUUCGCCAUUCCUUGAUUCUAACUAAAAGAAGAAGUAUCGUAGCAGCCGUUUGUGUGUGGUUUUGCUGCAUUCUUAGCGCUUCUUCCACGACAUUUCUCAACACAGUAGAGUACAAUGAAUGUUCUGCAAUCUGUUUGACAAAGGGAAGGAGUAUUGCUCAAACGAUCGCAUCCGUUAUGUUAUUUUAUAUAACGCCUCUGAUUUGCAUCCUGAUCAUGAACAUACGGUUACUUAUGAUAGCACGGCGACACGCACUUCACUUUAGGCGGGUAAGGGUUGCUGCCUCUCUGCCGAACACCGCUGAUCAACCGAAACGACCUCCCCCAAGGAAUGUCAGAGGAAAAGCAGUUGGAGUUAUUUCUCUUGUGACACUUGCGUUUGCGUUAAGUUGGUCAGUUUACCAGGUGUGUUUGGUACACUCAGCAUUUUCCGAUGGUAGUCCAUUUCCAGAGUCAGUGGAGUUCGUCGCUGUGUGGCUUGGAUUGACGAACAGUUGGUGGAAUGUAAUUAUUUACUCCAUCAUGAACAGAAAUUUUAGAAACCAUUUGAAGAGUGUUCUGCUACGGUUGUUCCCGUGGUUUCGAAAGCAAGAGGUGGUAAACUACCGGUACCCAGCAAUACCACCUGUAAACAACAACUUAACGACAAGACCGGAUGACAUCGAAUGA